UUUCGGUUCCGUGUGUCGGAGCCCCACCCUCGGGUCUGCGGGUCCCGGGGCGUCUGUGCUCCGGCCUCUGUCCCGGGGGGUCCCGCGGGGCCGGGGCCGGGGCUGCCCGAGGAUCCUACGCGGAGCCUCGCUGUUCAUAACGUUCUGUGCUUGUAAAACAGCAUUGUGGAUACUGGAGAAAGCCACCCACAACUUAGACAGUAAAACCUUGAUUAACCAGAACUCAGCUAACCGCUAUUUUUGUGAGGGUGGAAGGAAGCUGCAGGCGGAAGGCAGGGAGAGCCGUCCCACCCACCACCAAGAAGCCUUGAAGUUCAAAGCAAAGCUCUGUGAUUGGUUGCUUCAUCAGCUAAGAAGAUUUACCUUCCCAAGUCAGAGAAGCUCUGAAAAGUGGUCUGAGAACUGAACAAGUUGCUAAAAAAGUGUUAUUUCUGUGAGCACCCAAGUGCAGAAGACGGGGAGAAGCUGAGGCAAACGGGGUAGGGUUGUGGGCAGUGGGAGAAGGAAGAAAAACGUGGUGGGAAAUGGGAAUGGGGCCAAGGAAGGAAGGGAAGACCAAAUACUGGUGAAGUGGAGAGGUAGCCAGGAACACUGAGAGAAGGGGUGUGGUGGGAGCUGUGAGAGGAAAAUUAAAAGGAAGGAGAGGAAACCUCAAGCAAACUGAGAGAAGGGGGCAGUGAGGUAAAAGAAGUCAGAUCAGUACUGAGCAGAAGUGUAGCAUACACCUGUAUUCCUCUUUAAGUCACAGUGUGCAUAAGCCAUCCAAUCUCAUGGCUUCCAAACAGCCUAUAGUGAAGAACAAAGGAGAGAAGCGUAAGAGAGUCGUGCUGACCCUAAAGGAGAAAAUUGAUAUCUGUACCCGUCUUGAAAAGGGUGAAAACAGGAAAGCUUUGAUGCAAGAAUACAAUGUUGGCAUGUCUACCUUAUAUGAUAUCAAGGCCCACAAGGGACAGCUGCUGCGUUUUUUUGCUAACUCAGAUUCUAACAAAGCGCUUGAACAUCGCCGCACCCUACACACUCCUAAGCUAGAGCAUCUAGAUCGGGUUUUGUAUGAGUGGUUCUUGGUGAAACGGUCAGAAGGCGUCCCUGUCUCGGGCCCGAUGCUCAUUGAGAAGGCUAAAGACUUUUAUGAGCAGAUGCAGUUGACUGAGCCAUGUGUAUUUUCUGGAGGAUGGCUUUGGAGGUUUAAGGCUCGGCACGGCAUCAAAAAGCUAGAUGUUUCCAACGAAAGACAGUCAGCCGACCACCAGGCUGCAGAGCAGUUUUGUGGGUUUUUCCGAAGUUUAAUUGCAGAGCAUGGUUUGUCCCCCGAGCAGUUUUACAAUGCUGAUGAAACUGGUCUAUUUUGGCGUUGCUUGCCAAAUUCAACUCCUGAAGGGGCUAGUGCCUCAAGUUUGAAGCAGACCAAGGAUAGAUUGACUGUCCUCAUGUGUGCUAAUGCUGCAGGCUCCCACAAAAUCAAACCUUUGGUGAUUGGAAAGUGUAAUGGUCCCAGGACUUUCAAAGGGAUUCAGCAUUUACCUGUUGCUUACAAGGCACAAGGUAAUGCAUGGAUGGACAAAGAGAUCUUUUCUGAUUGGUUUCAUCAUAUUUUUGUACCUUCAGUGAAAGAUCACUUUAGAAAUAUAGGCUUACCUGAUGACAGCAAAGCUAUUCUUCUGCUAGACAAUUCUCGAGCCCACCCUCAAGAAGCAGAGUUAGUUUCUGAUAACAUUUUUACCAUCUUCUUGCCUGCCAGUGUUACCUCGCUGAUUCAGCCUAUGGACCAGGGCAUUAGAAGAGAUUUCAUGAGAAAUUUCAUCAAUCCUCCAGUCACUGUACAAGACCUUCAGACUCGUUACAACAUAAGUGAUGCCAUUUUUAAUGUUGCUUGUGCCUGGAAUUCUGUUACUAGUGAAAUACUAAGACGAGCAUGGAGAAAAUUGUGGCCUAGUGUUAUGUUUGCAGAAGUGUCCUCUGAUGAGGAAGAAUUUGACCGCUUUAGAGUAAGGCCUCCAAAUAACACACUCGUGCAGAUUCUUGAAAUGGUGAAGGAUCCUCCUUCACCCCCAGUCAACAAACUGAAUAAAAAUGAGGGAAACAAGUGGGCUGAUGCUGACCAAGAAGGUGAAGUGUCACAGGGUGUUAGUGACACAGAAAUAGUAGAAACUGUUUGGAAUCCUGACAAUGGAACUGAUUCUGAAAAAGAUAGUGAUGGAGAAGAUUUUAGGGAAGGAGAGAAAACAUCUUGGGAAAAAGCUGCUUCAUCCUUUGAUUCAAUUAUUAGUUUUGCAGAAAAGCAGCCCUGUUUUACAAAUCAGGAGAUUAUGCAGUUGCAUAUGCUGCAUGCUAUUUUUAUGCGACAAAGGCAAAUGGCAAAUAAACAAACUGAGAUCAGGGAUAUAGUCAAGACAGAAAAUCCCAGGGGAUAUCCUGGAGUUUGCACUGAUUCAGCCCAAUCACCUAUACCGUCUACAUCUACAGCACUGUAUAGUGAUAACUGAUACUCAUUUUGGUGUCCCUGAAGCCCUAUGAAUGGACACAGUUAUAUCCAGCAGGCUAUAUUUUUACUUAGGAAAAAAAAAUCAAAAGGACUAAGACAUUUUAGAGAGAUUUUUCCACAGGGGUUAGUUAAAACCAAAGGUUGCUCAUUGAAUUUGGAAAUUCAUUUAAUCACAACAAUCCAAACUCCCUGUGAAUUCCGGUUAAUCGAGAUUUUACUCUAACAUCCUUUAUGUAGUGUGAGGAACCCCCUAAAGGAUGUCAUCCAAACCAAAAGGCUUGUCCAUUGUAGCACAUAACUGAGUGUAGUACAAGCCUAUAUUUUAUAUUUCAGAAAGCACUACACAUACAGAAUUUGUACAAUAGAAACAGGAUCCAGAGAGAUUUUAAUUUGUGUAGAGGGAAAAGUGUAAGAUGUUCAAAUUAUCACACAAUAGUGUCUACAGACUUUUUCCUAGUGGGGAUUAAAUGAGACUUAGGGGCUUGUUGCUUUUCUAGAUUUCUACCAAAGAAGGGCUUGGAAGGUCUGACUUUGAAAGGUUUAUUGGAUAGCAGAAAUCCUUCAAACUAAAGCGAGAUUCUUUGAAUGAGUCUAUGGAGGGCUUUGGGGCCAUCACAUUUCCCCUGGAAAUAAAAACGAUAGUCCAUUUCAGUUUUUGAGGUAAUUGUUCUAUGAAAUCAGAACCAAUAACAUUUCCAAUUUAAUAUAAUUACAUUCCAGUAGAAAGAAAAAUUGUUCUGUGACUUUAGGAAAGUCAGUCUCUACCCUCACUCCAAAUACCUGUUAUCCCUCUUAGUAAAAUUGGGAAUUAGAUGACAUCUAAAGUCCUAUUUCUAGCAUUCCUUGAUUCUUUGGAAAUACAUUUUUGGCAAUUCAUAUCUGAAACUAGGCACUGGCAGCAAGGUACAGCCACUUUGAAUGUUAAAAUGAUUUUUUCCUAAGAAUAUUAGAAGUGUCAUCCUAAAUUAGACUGCUCCUCUGCAGUCCAGCCCCACAUGGGGACAAUGAUGGGCAUUUCGAGGAUGUUUGCCUUCUAUUAGGUGAUUUGGGUCAAGUUGCUUACUUUUUCUGGGGUGUUUCCUUACCUCUAAAAGGUGAGGUUUGGAUGAGGCAGUCUUGAAGUGCUCUUCUGUCUUUAACUGUGUAUAAUUAAUAUGUUAAUUUUAGGGGUGUAGUUUAUGUACUCCAGUCUUCUAUAUCACAUUCCUAGGAAUCUCAGUUGAUUCUAUUUUUGGAUUUUGAUAAUAUCCCAAUAUCCAAACUAAGACUUAGGAAAUUUCUUCAGUUUUUGUUCUAUGUGAGUUGCUGAAUUUCCAUGCCAAGUUGUUGAGAUAUAUAGUGAUUAUUUGGACUUUUCUUUGGAGCCUUAGACAUUCUUAUCUCAGUGUUAAAAAGUCUAGCUGCUUUUUUCCCUUUGUUUUUUAGGCCAUUUUGUGGAAAGAUUUAAUAUUUCCCCCCAUUUAUACCAUGUUAAUCUUUGAUUUAUAGCCAUGAACCAUAUGUAUCCCUUCUUAAGACCUCCCUUCCAUCUUAUCAGUAUUUCUUGGAAAACACAUUGAAUGCUUAUAUUUUUCCAUUCUUUUUUUUUUUUCAUUUUUGGCUCUCCAACUACUUUUAACUUUGGGUUAAUGUUGUGGCAAUGGAAUCAGCACAUACUUUUCAUUCCAGAGUUUCCUAUCCUUUCCACCUAGAGGUAUUUAAGACCUGGUGGAUAGAAUUUUGUCCAUAGCCUGUUUAUAACUAUUUUUACAUGUUUCUUGCUUUAAAUGGAAUAAUCCUAUAAAUUACAAAUGCAUUGUGUAUAUUUCUUGCUUUAUAUGCAUGUAUAUAGAUUAUGCAAUAUCUCAAAUAGCUUUUAAAAAAAAAAAAGCCUUUUCAUUAUUUCUACAUAAGGUCAAAUCGACUUUGUGUCCUUAUUACUCCCAGGUCACUUGCUGUUGAGUCCCACUGUGUCUUUGAGGUGAUGUUUGUGUAUUCAUGUAUUUUUGUGCUGUUUCUGUGCUCUUUUCACUGUUGACCCUUCUACAAAAGACUGUUAGGAUCACAUCUGCCUGAAGGAUGUGAGAGUGAUUUAAAGACACUGCUUUCCUCUUUCUCUCCUUAUUGCUUGUGACUGAGAAGGGCAGUGCAUUCAAAAGACCCCUUCCCUGAAGCAGUUACCUCUGCUCAAACCUCAAAGUCUUUAAAAAGGAAAAAAACAGCUUUGUAAUUGCUAUGUGAAGAUCUUGACCAGCAGAAGGACUUAGGAUGAGUGCUGCCUUAAUUAGAUACAGAUACUGAGUUCCUGAAUUUCCCCUGGAGGUGUUCAAACUCCUAGUAAAAUGCUUUGCUGUGCUUAUUGAACUGAACGGAAUGCAAGGCCCAUUGCUGUCAGGGAUAUGGGUAGGGGAGAUUCUUUUAUAGAUGAUCCCUCUGACUCAGAUUCUGUGAUUCUGUGAGUUCCUGUUUUGGUCUUACAUUGUUUCCUGUGUGUGAGUCCUGUCUCCAACCAGAUUGUAAGCUCUUGGUGAGCAGGAAUUAUGUCAUAUAUUUCAGCACCUGUCACAGUUGCCAUGGGCUGAACAUUUAGUCAAUGAUCAAUAAAUACUUGGCUGAUUGAGGGGGGGUGUCUCCCAGAGGCUCUCAUCUUGAUAGCCCACUGCUACAUUUCAGAAGGAUGGUGGGAAGGCUGCAUUUUAUAGUAAGUUUAAUAAACAUAAUAUUUUCAUUCAGUUAUGGGCACCCUUGUGAUGAAAUACCGGGAUAUGAUGGCAAGUGAUCCUUCCUUUUGCCAUUGGUGACUUAUAGUACUGUCACCCAAAAGCUUUUUCCUUUUGGACUGAAUGUAGGAUUGCCAUUGCCUGUUCUUCCUUACCCUUCCUUGAUUGAAGGGCCCCAGCAGCUUUAUUCUUAGGCAAGCUGAUGAUAGUGCACAAACUACUGUGAUAUGAGGAUGCCUAGGGUACAGAUGAUGAGCAGAUUAUACCGUAGUUUUUUUGCCCAAUUUAGGAAGUUAUAGGCUACUCACAAGUUUAGCUUCUCCUAGCCCUGGCUUUUCUCUCCUCAGUUCCCUGAAAAGCCAGGUUUUCUUUUUGUACUUUUCACAGAUGUGUUCUCUAUGUCUCAGAAAGCUUACCUGGCCACUGAGGAAAUGAGAUCUUUACUAUCUGGUUGGUCAAUCCAGACCUCUUGAUGGCCUCAAAGUGAUAAUACUUUCCAGUUCCCUCACAAGUCUUCUUUUGGGGGAAAAUACCCAGUUUCUUAUCCUUAAUCCAAUUUCCCUGCUUAUCCAUUCACUGACACUUUCUGUGACUCCUUUUGAUGCUGGUAGCUCAUUGCUCUGGUUUUACCUCUGUUGACCAAGAGCAUGCUUAGAUAGCUUAUUUUUCACCUGCCUAGGGAGGCAAUGUGAUGUGAAAAAAUAAUAUUAGGAGCCUGGUGACCUGGGUUCUAGUCUCAGCUUGUGCCUAUUUUUAAAUUUUGUGACAUCAGUCAUUUUCCCAUGUAGGGGUUGGAGAGAUUAGAGGACUUUUCCACCUAUAGUAUUCUAAUGGUUUCUCAUAGCCUAUCUCCUGACUUUCUUGAGUCUUAGUUACUGAGUUCUAGAAAUUCUAGAAGUUUUCAUUUGUGACUGAAGUGUGCUCUUCCCUUCACAUUUAGCCUUUUAAUGCUUUCUACAGCUAUCCAAUCAGUAUAAAUAAAGCAACGUUUCCAAGUAUGUAAAAUGGAUGAGCUGAUUUGGAAGAUUGAUCACCAGCUUACUAACUUCUGUUCCAUGAUUAAGAUGAGUGAUGGCGGUAAGAGGUCACUGAUAAAGGCCUCAUAACUCAAAAAUGACCCAACCAAAACUUUUCUAAACAGAUUUAUUUGGGUUAAUAUGGCAUGCCUUACUUCCCUGAAGGUAGGACCUUUUACAUUCACAUCUUUAUGUGAAUUGCUUUGCUUAAAAUCUGGAUUAGGGUAGUGAAAAAAUGCUUUCUUGAAAAGGGCCACAUAUGUAUGUGGAAUGUCAGUAUAGCAGCUUACCAUAGAGCCAAAAGUAGUUUCCUGAAACCUGGUGAAUUGAUUAUAAGGUAGCUUCUGUAAGUUGGAUUAGAGAUAGAAAGGAUAAUUUCCAAUCCCUUCAUUUUAUGGGUUAUUAACAGGUUCAGAGCAAAGGAAAUGACUUGUCCAAGGUUACAAUUAAUGGUGAAUAUGGACAAGAAUGUUGUCUUUACUUAUUAAUUCAGUGUUCUUUCUACUAGUCCACUGAGUGAUGCCUUCUAGUUUUACUUGAGCUUCUAGUGUAGCAUGCUAUCCUCUGCCUUGAAAGCAAAUGGGGAAUGGGACACUUAUAAAAGUCAUGGGAUUAAUAGGAUUAUUAGAUAUUUGGAUAGCAAGAGUAUGAAUCAGGGAUGUGACAUUGGUUGUAUGGUGUAAGGUAACUCUGGGAUCUGAUGUUAGCCCUGAAUCAAAACAGACAAACUAUUCCCUCCUGUAUUUAAAUUUUCCUUGUCAGAAAAGUGGAAACUAGAAGAAACAUUAGAAGAUUGUAUAGUUCAAAUCACCCUUUGCAGCUGAAUAAAUUUAGGUUUAGAGAAGGACAUACUCCUAAUGAGUGAUACACCUAAGGUCUUCUGACUCAAGUUUAGUUCUCUUGCCAGUAGUAUAUGGGUCUCUAGUUUCCCUUCCAGCUUAACAUUUGUAUUAUUCUAAAAUAGAUUUCAAAUUGGUAAUUAGAAGAAACUGGAAACUGACAAAAAAGUGACCUCAAAGCAAAACAUCUGUUUUCCCUAGGAAUGGUUUAUAGCUGUUACUGUAGAUAUGUAUAAAUCCUUUGAUAAAAUAUUCCACCUACCUUUUCCAUCUCUGGGGAAUAAUAUUACCCACUUCAAAAAAGUAGUGAAAUCCGUUCCCCCUAAAUUUGCUUCCUGUAAGGAUACACACUCUUUGAGAUUCUCUGAAAUGUGGUGACUUACUCUUACAUAUACCCUUAUCUAGUUUGUGGGUUUUGAUCAGGUUUUAGGAUUUUGUCUUUCCAUACUAAAGAGUUUUAAUUGACCCCUUUAGUCUAUAAACAGCAGCCUUUCCUUUGAUCCCUUUGUCCUUUUAGUUACCUUAUCUGUAUCUUCAGCUCCAUUUUAUCAGAAAACAAAUGAACAUGUGCAAGGUAGCUUGGUUUCUGGGUUUUUACAAGAGAAAAGAAAGAUAGAAUAACCAUUCUUGUAGAUCUAACAACUAAAGGCACAGUUCAUUGCAAGAGCACUAGAUUAAAGGAAAUCGGGGUUCUAAUCCUACCUUUGUUAUGGACUCAGGCAAGCUGCUUACACUUUUAUGAAUUUCACUUUUUUUCAUCUGUUAAGUGAGGGAAUUUAACAUGGAAGACUAGCUUUGAUAGUCUGUAAUAAACUCACAUACUUAGAAAUUUAUCUGCCUACUUUGGUGUUUCACUACUCAGAGAAACUUAGUAUCUAAUAGUAACCUUGGAAAUUAGAUGGUAUAUUCUGUCUCAAUUGUUUAUAAAAUGAUUGGGUAGUCCACCACCUGUCCCUGGAAGGCUUCAUAGAUUGUUCCUCCCAAAGGAAUGAGCUGCCUUUCAAAGUGUGAAAGAGCUGUGAUUCAGUGGGAAAAAACUUCAUUUUCAGUCAAAAGACUUAGCUUUGAGUCUCAGUUGUCACUAGAUAUGUGACUAUUUUUUAACAGCCUUAGUUUCCUCAUUUUAAGAAUGGGAAUGAUAGUGCACUAAUCUCAGGAUUGAUGAUAAGGAUCAAAUUCAAUACAUACAAAGGACUAUAUAAAUAGUAGGUAUUAUAAGACAGUAAUGUAUCCAUGAUAGAGCAGCCUCCCUUCUCUUCCCUCUUAUGCUAAUUCAGUUUUAAAAAUUAAGAAAAAAAGAAAUUCAGUUUGUUUACCAGUUCAGAAAUCUGAGAUUAAUAAGCUCAGAUUUAUUCUAGCAGAAAUGAGAUGUCUUUGUUGGAGUAGUUUGGGUCACUACUAUGACCCUGCUCUUUUUUAUAGUCUUAUGAAAUUUUUGAUCCAAAGUAAAUUUUACUAGUUUAUUGUUGGAAAUUCUUUCCAGGACCUUGUCAUAUAGAUAGAACCUGUGUUUGUAAUCCCCCACUUCUCAGGCUCAGCAGAUAUUGAUACUAUACUGAUUUGUUCUCUGGCAUAGAGUUUCCUGGUUUCUCCUUUGGGGCACAGUUUUAUAGAACCAAGUCCUUUGCAGACACUGUGAUACUAUGUUCUCUUGACUCAUUGGGUUAGUAGUACACUAAGGUAUUUUUCCUUCAAUGCUGCUAUCUCACUGGAUGCUCCCUCAUCUUUGCAUGCAGUUGCUUUUGAACCCCAAACCAGACUUUAUUGUUCCCUUUCUAAAUUUUAUCUUGUUAGUUUUGAUUCCUUUAAAACAUCUGGAUGGAAGCUAUCUGAGGCUCAUAAUUUAUCUACCCACAGAUCAAGUACCUCCAAAAUUAACUUCAACAGACAGUUGAAUAGGAAUCCUUAGGUUCUAUAACAGAGAAUUCACAUCACCAGAGGAGUCUGGCCAGAGCAGAGAGAGACUACCACAAGAUCUCAUGCUCAGGGAACCAGUGCUGUUUUUUGUAUAUCUGCCCAUUUCCCUGUCUGCCCCUCCUCAGAUUGGCCCUUACUCUAUCUUUCAUCUUCAUUGAAAUUUCCUUUAAAAAUUACCUUGGACUUCCUUGCUAUAAUGUUUUUUUUUUCCAUUGCAAAUGUCCUGAAUGUCGUUAAUGUUUUCACUGUGUUCAUAAACAACAGAUCUUGUUGAUUCAUUAUUGAUUCAUUUCAGUGCGUUUUACCAAUCUCUUAAUAUUUUUGGAAGAACUCGCAGGAUCUUUGUUAAAUACGAUUUGGCCUGCUUAUUUCAUGUGCUUUGAUGAAAGUAGUCUCCAUACCAUUGAAGUUACUGAUUCUCAAAGUAAGUAAUACAACUUCAGGUAACAGGGAUUUAAGAAGUUACGUAGCCUAACCUCUGUCUUAGUGUGAAUCUCUCUGACUGCCCUGUGUGACAGGGAACCUACUACUUCAUGAGGCAGCCUUUUCCUUUGUAGGCUAGCUCUCUGAUUAUUGAAAGGUGCAUAUGUUGAAUCAAAAUCUGCUUCCUUUUAGCCUUCCAUUGAUGAGUUCUGUCUUCCAGGGCUAUACAGAAUCAACUGCCACUUAUUCCUAUACAUUCUAAAGGUAGUCUAACUAAAGCAUAGUACAAUACGACUGUAACCCCUCUAACUCUGGAUGCUGUUGAACCUAAUUAUUGUAGCCUAAAAUCAAAUUAGUUCUUUUUUUGGUUCUGAUUCCUGUUGAUCCUGCAACUCAUUAAUCAGACUUCCUUCCUUUCCUCCUUCCUUCCCCAUUCUGGGUCAUCUUCAAAUGAACUGUCCCAUAUCUCCUGCAUCUUGUACUUUCACAGCUGAUUUCUUUGAAUAUAUAAAUGCAGAAUUUUACUUUCAUCAUUAUUUUAUCUCGUUAGGUUUAGCCUGGCCAGACAAUCCUCUUAUAUGAUUUGAGAUGGCUUUUGGUUCGUAAUUCUGUUGUCCAGGUUAGUGGUGUCAAACUCAAAUAGAAACAAGGGGUGCUAAAACAUACAUAAAAAUCUCUGUAGGCUACAUAUUGACUUAGAAAACCAUAUAUUUAAAUUAUGCUCCAUUACAUUUUCAUUUAUUUUGCUAAACAUUUAAAUCAAAUUUGGACUGGGCAAUUAAACAUUUAGGAUCUAUUAUGUCAACUCUUCUUGAUAGGAUCUGUGAUCAUAGAUUUAAAACUAAAACGGACUUGAAAACCAGCCAAGUACAACUCAACUUACAGAUAAGGAAAUUAAGGCUCAGAAAUGUUAGGAGCUACAUUCCCUUGGCCAUAUAACUACAAAUGCCUGAUGUCUCCAGCCCUGACCUUUUUAUUCUUCUCUUCCUAAAUAGUAAAUUUUACAUUUACAUUUACAUGCCAGGACUCAAACCCCAAGUCUUAUUUCCAUCUUCUCUCCCCCAGCCUGUGAAAAGAUGAGGACCAGGGGAGUCAAGCAAGAGCAAAGGGAGUCUGCUACAAGUCCUCAAGCUUAGAGAACUAGUGCUUUUUUUGUAUGUCAUCUGCCCAUUUCCCUGUCUGUCCUUCUUCAGACUCUGUCCAUCUUCAUCAAAAUUUUCUUUGAUAGGACCUUGGACGUUUCUACUAAUCCUGUCUUUUUUAUUACAAGGGCCCUAGAUAUCUUUAAUUCCCACCUUCUCUGCCCUUCUCACCUACCCUCUUCCAUUUUUGGAAAUUCCUAAUUUCCUUUAAGGCCCAGCUCAGGUACCAUCUGCUUCUUGGGCCUUCCCUACUCCCAUAUCCCUAAGUAAGGAUUAUAUUCUCCUGGCAUUCCUCAUUUAAUUUACCAACACCUCUCCUUUAUGUCUACCUCAUGUUACUUUUUUCUUGUUUAUAUGUAUUUUCCUUAUAUUAUGGGAUUAUGAUCUUGAGCAAGAUUGGUGUCAUGUCAAUCUUUGACAUAUCUGUGCAUCCCUAAUGACAAGUGGAUGAUGCUAGAAAAGUAAACGCCUUCUACAAAAUGACUCAAAUUGAUCUUUCCAUCUUAAACUAUUGUUCCCCUACAUUAACCUUUUGCUCUAUCCAGACUGCCCUAUUUCUACCCCCAUAUACAUUCCAGGCCCAUUUGUUUGUGCUGGCUCCUUCUCUCAGAUCUUAACCUCCCAAGAUAACCCUUCUUUGACCACUUCACUCCACAGUGAUUUGUCCCUCCUCAGAACACUUAUGUGACAUUUUUACCUUACCUUCUAUUGUGAAUUAACAUUUUUCUUUCUUAACUAGAUUGUAAGCUCAAGGUCAUGAAUUGUGCUCCUUGUAUUCUACACAGUGCCUAUCUCAGGGCCUUAUAAUAGUAGGGCUCAAUAUAUCUUUGACUGAUUUAUGCAACUUUCUCUUGAGAGGCAACUUGGGUAGGCAGAAAGCUCUGGUUUUGUAUUCAGAAGACCUAAAUUCAGCUCUCAGUAACCAACACUGUGUGACUGGUUAAGUCUCUUAAGUUUUCCUUGCUUUUGUCAUCUAUAAAGUGGAAAAAAUAUAUUUUAUUACCUCUUACAGAGUUGCUAUGAAAUAAAUUCUUUAAACGUCUAUAAGUGAAGUUAUACUAAGUAUUAUUUCUGACUCGAAGGACAAGUUCAUCCUAUUCUGGAAAGUCAAUCCCUUUCCCCUAUGCCCUAUCAUUUCUUGAAAGUUUCCAACUCUUUCAUCUUCUCUCUCCUCACUGGCCCAUUAGAUUGAGAAGUCAUUACAGUGUAAUCUAGCCUAGAUCCCUUCAUUCUUUGAGGCACACCAUGACUUCAUUUGCUCUCUACCAGCAGACUUCUUUUGCCUCUUCAGUAUUUUUGCCCUCAUCAGCUGCUCUCUGAGGGCAUAGUUGAUGGCUUUUCUGACCAAAUUUGGCUAGCUCUUCAGUAUCUUUUUGGAACUUUCUACACCCUCCAGUACUGAAGGCAAGAUCUUGUUUUUGGUUAAAGGCCAAUGGAAGACUUACAGAACAAAGUCAAUUCAAUAAGAUCUUCAAAUAAGAAAGCUCUGGGGUGGUUUGAAAGUAAGAAUAGGGUACUCAUAAAAGGAAUUAUCAAUGUAUCGAUACAUUAGUUUAAUCCAGCAAACUUUUUAUUGAGUACCUCUCCAUGUAGGCAAUAUAGCCCUUUUGUCUAGCAUUUGGUUUUUGAAGCAGUUCAAAUAGGUUCCUGUAUUUACUUUUUGUAAAACUAACACCAUAUACAGUAUUGUUCUAGGGUGACUACUAGUUAAAAUUAUUCCUACCACAGUCAGGGAGGCAAGGCAACUGAGCUAUAAGAGUAGGAAUUGGAAGAAGCAUACUAUUUUCUUCUUUUCAAAGACUAGCUAUAGAUAACGUAUAAAGACAGGGAAUAUCUGGACCUCUGGGCUGGCAUUCCCUAAACUACACUGAGGACAAGAGAACUAGAGAAUAAACCAGUGAGGCUGCUUUGUGGCAAAGCAUUAUAACUAGUUGCCUGAGUGAUUUUCCUUCUGUGUCUAUGUGCUCCUAUGUUGUGUGUUCUUGGGGAAAGUUUCAUGCAUUGGGCUGUAUACACAAAGCUGCCUGAAGUCUUAGACAUAGUGUACACUUAGACUUUCAGGCAUAAAAUCAUUGACAGUUGUGGCCUUGGCAGCACCUUUUGGGUUCUUAUUUCCUGGAAGUACCUAUGUUACAACUGGCACUGUGGUAGACUGGAGUCACAAAAUCUUGAUAGAUUAAUGCUGUGGUUCCAUACAUAGAGGGCAGAUAAGGCAUUUCUCUGGUACAGGAGACUCCAUAAGUACAGGUCCACUGGAUUAAGGGGGUGACUAUUUUCCCCUUGACAUUCUUCCAUGGUUGUCUUAAACACAUGAUUAUCUGAUAUUAAGCAAAUGUGUUAUACAAAAAUCUAAACUCAUAGAAACAGAUACACUAAGGCACAGUUAGCUGCAUUACUAAAAUAUUCCUUGCUUGGUGAAAGAAUUUAUCUACCGUGAUAAUCCUAUAAAUAACAAGCCCCCUGGAUAGUUUCAGAAUAUGACUUAGAUUUAUAGAAAUUCAAUCUAUUUCUAGCUUUUCAGAACUAUGUAUUACAGAAAACAUUGUAUUUUCCUCAUAUUCUCUGUGCAUGGGUAUUGUCCAUUUCAAGGCUUUCUGAAAAUUUUGAACUAAUCAGUAUCCUACAGUGGUGAUUGAAAUGAAUUCUUGGGACAGCUUGGUGGCUGAACCUGGAUUUUUGAAAAGAAGUGGGGUUUCCAUGAGCCAACAGGAGCAUGAAAUUGGGUCAGCCUUGCUGUAAUUGGAAGGAGUCACUCUAUCCCUAGCAUUGGAACUGUGGGUGUUGACCAACAUCCUAAAGAGGAUUGGACUUUGGUGAUGGAUGGAUUAUACUUGGAUAGUCAUCAGUGGACUCUGCUGGACUUUGUGAUUUAUUUCUCAGAGGUUCAGAGAGUAGUGUGGAGAAUACAUGAAGUUGUAGUGCUUGUCUGGAGUCAACUGCUUGGGUAUGAAUGAUCUCAUCUCUCCAACUGAUAGAGAAAAAUGGUUAUCUCUGUAUCUUACUCAUUUAUUAGACUGUGAGCUCCUUGAGGGCAGGAAUCAUUUCAUGUAAACAUAGCUGCCCCAGUGCCAAGUGCAGUAGAUCCUUAAUAAAUGCUUUUUGAAUGAA